UGAGACACCUCCAGGCAAUUACCUAAAACUGCCUGGUGGAAGUCUCAGCCCUGACUGCAUCUCAUCAUUUCAGUGAUUAGAACCUCGCCUCCUCCCCUCUGCUGCACAGGCAGAAGUGACACUGCUCAGGAGAAGACCUGACUAUCAUCUGUUUAUGUCCCACUCAACGCUGAAGGCUUGUGCUGCUCAGGACAGACUCCAGGACAGAGAUGGCCGACAGACACUACAUAGACAACUCUGAGCAGCAGGGAGACCGGGAGAAGCAGGAGUGGGGCUAUGUGGAAGGUGUGGAGUGGGGUUUGCUUUACCCUGAAUCAAAUGGACAAUACCAAUCUCCAAUCAACAUAAAUUCAAGAGAAGCGCUAUAUGACCCUUCAUUGCUGGAAGUUAAGCUAUUUCCAAACUACGUUGUCUGUCGAGACUGUGAAGUUAAUAAUGAUGGUCAUGUAGUUCAGAUCCUCCUAAAGUCAAAAUCAGUUUUAACAGGAGGUCCAUUGCCGCGUAGUCAUGAAUAUGAGUUACAUGAAGUAAAAUUUCAUUGGGGCAGAGAAAACCAGCGUGGUUCAGAGCAUACAGUCAAUUUCAAAGCUUUCCCAAUGGAACUCCACCUGAUCCAUUGGAACUCAACGUUAUACAGGAACAUAGAGGAAGCCUUAGGGCAAGUACACGGGAUAGCUAUAAUUUCCUUAUUUGUACAGAUAGGAAAAGAACACAUAGGCCUAAAAGCCAUUACAGACAUUCUUGAGGAUAUCCAGUAUAAGGGAAAAUCUAAAACAAUACCAUGUUUUAAUCCCAACUCACUAUUACCAGAUCCCCUACUCCGUGAUUACUGGGUGUAUGAAGGUUCCCUCACAAUGCCACCAUGUAGUGAAGGUGUUACAUGGAUAUUGUUUCGAUAUCCUUUGACAGUGUCUCAAACUCAAAUCGAAGAAUUCAGGCGACUGAGGAUUCAUGUAAAAGGAGCAGAUCUUGAUGAUGAAAGUGAUGGCAUUCUGGCUGAUAAUUUCAGACCAACCCAGCCUCUCAGUGACAGGAUUAUACGAGCAGCCUUUCAGUAAACAACGUCUGAAGACUUAUUUGCAAGAACUGAACUUGAAACCAUCUUUUGCUGAAUUGUGUCAUGGCUAGAUCAUCCACAAAGAAUGAAAUCUAUUAUUCAAGCUGAGAACUUUGUAGCAAGUUUUGGCAGCCUGGUUUCCCAGAUCUUUGUUCAUGGCAGGAGAUAUAGUACAUAAUAUUGGUAGCUGUGCAAGGAACCUCGGAUGUCACAUACACGGUUUCUGCUGGGAGUGCUUCAGUUGAAGUUACAGGAGUGUGAAUGAGUUCAUACCACCAAAUUAUAAAAAAAAAAUACAUAUGUGCCUAUGCUGAUUAUAUAAUGACUCACAACUGGCAAUUUCCUUCUAGUUAUCUUGCAGGUAUUCUACCAAGAACCAAAUGGCUAUGAAACAUUUAUGUGGUAGGCAAAGUCAUAAUCCUGCCUAAUGGAUCUACUUGCAAAAUGAAAGACGUCUACACGUUUAUCUCUAGCCGCUCUUAGUUUCCAGUUAUUUUCUAUUUUCUUCAUCUUGACACUAAGACCUCGUUCACAUCUCCGUCAAGCACAUCCAGCAGGUUGUUUCGGCAGCAUUGCUGGAUUCUCUAGUUCAUUGACGGAUUCCCAUUGACUGUAAUGAGCACUGGAGGUGAUCCGACCGCUUUCCGGCAUAAAUGCAUUUGUGCUGGAACAACCUGCCAGAUCUGCUCGACAGAGAUGUGAAAAAGGCCUAAAGCCUCCUUUGCAUUGAUCCUUAAAAUUCUCCAAUCGACUGAUAUUUUCCCUUCCUGAUCAGCAGGCUAUACAAACCAGCCAGUGUAGUAAAUAGGUUAAAAAUACAGUAGUGUGCAAAAGCUUUAGGCAGGUGUGAAAAAUAAAAAUAAAAUGCUGUAAAGUAAGAAUGCUUUCAAAAAUAGAAGUGUUAAUAGAUUAUUUUUAUCAAUUAACAAAAUGCAAAGUGAAUGAAGAAGGGAAAAUCUAAACCAAUAUUUAGUGUGACCGUCCUUCUAGGCACACUUGCACACAGUUUUUGAAAGAACUGAGGAGGGAAGUUGUUUGCCACAUCUUGGGGAACUAACCACAUCAUAUACAUAUCUCUUCAUGUAGUCCCAGACACUCUAUGAUGAUGAUGAGAUCAGGGCUCUCAUCACUUCCAGGACUCCUUGUUCUUUUUUAGGCUGAAGAUAGUUCUUAAAGACAUUGGCUGUAUGUUUGGGGUGGUUGUUCUGCUGCAGAAUAAAUUUAAAGGGAGUCUGUCACCUAAGGAUACUUUUACACUAGCGGCAGGGGAGUCCGGCAGGCUGUUUCGGCAGUUGUACAACCUGUUGGAUCCGUCCUGCCACUAGUUCACGUGUUCCCCGGACUGGCACUCCAUCCCCAUUGACUAUAAUGGGGGCGGGGGCGGAGUUCUGGGGGCAGCACGGCUAGAGGCAGUGCUGCCGCCGGAACUCCGCCCCCAUUAUAGUCGAUGGGAAUGGAGCGGCAGUUCGGGGCACAUGUGAACUAGCGGCAGGACUGAUCUGACAGGCUGUUCACCUGCCGGACUCCCCUGCCGCUAGUGUGAAUCUAGCCUAAUAUCAACAAUCUAACUAAGAGCAUUGCCCCACAGAAGAUUGCAAACGCUUUCCAAGCAUACCUGUGUGCAGUGUGUGUCUGUAUUCAGUGUCCAGGAAAAGCACUUUUAUUCUGCUGGAAAACAGCUCCCAAGCGCCCAGCUGAAAGGGAAAGUAAAAACAGCUUUCACUCCUGACUCGAUUUCUAACGACUAUAUCUUCUGAUAUAGUGGAUAUAAUGCUACCUUUUGAAAGGUUGGAAUGCCCAUAUUUCUAGCUGGUACCAAUCCCAAAAUAUGAUCAACUAAAGCAGCCCACCCCGCUUCAGUCUGGUUUGCUUCGGGCACUUGGAGCAGCAGAGCUGGCACUUGGGAGCUGGUUUCCAUCAGAAUAAAAGUGCUUUUCCUGGACAUGGAAUACAGACACAGGUAUGCUUGGGAUGUGUCUGCAAUCUUUUAUUGGGCAGUGAUCUUCGUUAUAUUGGUGAAAAACGGGUGACAGACUACCUUUAAAUUUAAACUAUAAGCACUUCUGUUUUUCAAAGCAUUCUUAUUUUGCUACUUUGUCAAACGUUGGCACAGCUCUGUAACUUCACACAAUACAUAAUAUUUAAGGGGUCGCCAUAUAAAUACCACCUCUUUCGGAUUAAAGCUGGGUCAAUGAUCAGGCAAUUUGGUCUCUGCGAAUGAUAGCUAUUUAUCCCCCCCCCCCCUAUAGUGUUCUCUGCAGAGGACAUAGAGUAUUGCAUUCAAUGGGCAAUACAUAGACAGCCUGGUCAUUAGAGGACCUUUCACCACUCCUGACAUUCCUGUUUUAAUGGCACAUGCAUUCCCCAUGUAAUAAGCAUUCUGGAGCAUCUAUUCUUGUGAUUUAAUGUUGUGCCAUU